AUGGGUUCGUGGUUUAGUUCACACUUGAGGGGUAUAGGGGCAUUCAAGGAGAAGAUACCGGCCAGAUUAUCUUUCGAAGAGAUAAUUAGGGAUAAUACACGGUCCCCAUGCUCCCUAGACGAGUUCAGAGAUUACUUGAUAUAUGUAGAGCGCAACGCAGAAAACCUUCAGUUUUACCUAUGGUAUUGCGACUAUGUUGAGAGAUGGAGCCAGCUGUCUGAGCAAGAGAAAGCGCGAUCUUCGUCAUGGGAAACAAAAAGAGGAGCACACCUCCGACAGCUCUCAUGGUCAGCGGCGCUAGGAGAGAGGACGGAAAAGUUGAAUCGUAUACUUAAGAUCUUGGACCAAAUCACAACAACCGGGACUCAGCACAUCGCAUCUUUCAAGGAACUAGACUCCGAAAUUAGCCGAGUAGAAACCAAUUUCUCGAGGCCUCGAACUCCGGCGUCUAAGUUGGGUAUUAAAGAGAGCCAGAAGGAAUUGCAAUGGCAGCCUUUUUCAGCGCAGCCGUUCCGAGACGAGGUCACACAAAUAACCCGCCAUUAUAUCUCGAUAUCCGGGCUACGAAAGUUGACACUGACAAGCAAAGAUCGGACGGCUUGUAUGCAUGCGCUGCAACACACGACACAUCCAUCUGCUUUCCUACCUGCCUUCUUAGCCACAGAGUUGAUAUUAAGAGAACAUAGUCAUCCUAAUUUCAUUCAAUGGAGCAUUCACAAUAGCAAUCGUCCACGAGUACUAUUUGCUAGAGCUGUCGGAACUCUCUUAAUCGUCUUAGCCAUUUUACUAGAUAUCGCAUUCAUACUUUCAAGUCUCAAUCGACUGGUUCGAUUAUCCGCUUUGCCGUUUUGGUAUGGUGGCCUUUACUUCUGGUUGAUAGAAGGCCGCGGAAUUAGUGUCGGGUUGUACAUGAAUCGCAAGCGUCAGCUCCGCCCAUGGGAACGAGUUAUGGAUGUGGAUCUCGAAAACAAUCACUCAGAGAUGGACCCUGGACAGGCGCAACCACAUGGUCCAUCUGAUUCGCCCGAUAAUAAGAUACAGAAGAUAAUAACAGAAAACUCCUCGAAAACAGAAAGCUUGAAAGGUUUGGGGCCGGCGAACAAUUUUGACGGAGAAUCAUGGGUCCGAUUAUAUCGGGAGAAACCGAUGCGGCACAAGAUUUUCGAUACGACCGUCUUGAACCAUAACAGGCAUCUAAGAGCUCUACAAGAUCGAAUCGUUUUUACUUCAUUACUGUGGGCGAGUUUCUUAAUGAUAGUGUUGACAGUUGGUUCGGUAUUGAUACCCUCAGCGGAUUUGUUUUAG